AAACAUUCGAGUAAAAGAAGCGCUUUUAUUUCACAUAUGACAAAAUGUCGGUGGCGUUUUCCUCGGCGCGCCCCAGGAGUAAAGGGGAGGUGACGCAGCAGACGAUCCAAAAGAUGCUGGAUGAAAAUCAUUAUUUAAUACAAUGUAUAAUGGAUUACCAAAGCAAAGGGAAGACGGCUGAAUGCACACAGUAUCAGCAGGUCCUGCACAGAAACCUGGUUUACUUGGCAACAAUAGCAGAUUCAAAUCAGAACAUGCAGUCACUUCUACCUGCGCCUCCCACUUCCAGUAUGCCAAUGGGUCAGAGUGGGGGACCCGCUCCCAGCAACCUCAACGACACCAUGGCACCGGGACUGGCCGCCACAUCGAUGAUGCAGAGUCAGAUGAGCAAUGGCUCCAGCCAUGCCCCCAUGCAGCAGCAGACAUCCCUCAGCCUGCCAGCCAGCAGUUACGGUGGCUCGGCCUCUUCCUCGGCCUCCGGCUACAGCCAUUCUGCACCCUCCUCCCAGGGCAGCAUGAUUCAGAGCCCUGCUUAUGGCUCUUCCUCAUCCUCCUCUUCCUCCUCCUUCAGCAACAACCUCAACAUGCAGUCCAACCAAGUCUCCAUGAUGCAGCAGCAAUCUGCCACUCCGCACUACUCCUCAGCUCAGGCUGGGGGCCAACACUAUCAGGGACAGCAGGCCAUGGGCAUGAUGGGUCAGGGCAGUCAAGGAAACAGUUUGAUGACUCAGAGGCCCAUUGGAUCCUACCGCUCUUCACAGCAAGCUCACGGAGAGUUCUCAUAUCAGCAGUCUUCAUACGGCGAGCAAGGCUACGACAGGUCAUUCGAUGAAUCCUCACAGCACUACUACGAAGGAGGAAACUCUCAGUACAGCCAACAGCAAGCCCAGUAUCAGCAGAGCUCUGGCCAGCAGCAGACCUUCAGCCAACAGCAGUACUCGUCUCAACAAGGCUACACAGGACAGCCACAGGGAUACGGGCCUGGCCAGGGGGGAUCCUCCCAGUAUUCACAGUAUCAACAGGGUCAAAGCCAACAGUAUGGUUCCUACCGCUCGUCCCAGGGAGGCCCUGGUGCACAGACACAGAGGCCCUACACUUAUGAACAGGGUCAGUAUGGGAAUUAUCAGCAAUAAACACACAACAUUGUUUUCGCGUUGGAAGAGAAUGAGACGCACUGAGCUCAGCUGUGGAUUAGAAGACCUGGCUGCAUCUCUUUUAUUAUCCUUUCAACAUGACAUUGAUUUUCAUUCAUGCAGAGGGGAAAAAAAUAAUGCUUCUUUUUGCUUUUCAUCAGGUAGCGUAUAGAAACAAGGUUAAUGUUGACCUUCCUUAUAGAGCAGUAACGUCAUUCGAUAAACCUAAGAUGUCCUUAUCUUCUCUCUUUGUCUUUGCCUUUCACUUUGUCUCUGUCCGCUCAUCUUUAACUUAUCCCCCGCUUUGAUUUCAUUUUAGAAGCCGUUCUUCCUUUUUGUUCUUUUUUGGUGCACAGAGACGCGAGUCUGUGGUCUGUGAGACUGUUGCUAUAAAAAGCAAAUUGGCCUUGAGGGAAACGCUCCUUAAUAUAAAUUUAAUAGACUCAGUCCAGAUUUUGCCUUGAGCCCCGUAGACUCACUCUUAUAUCUCACACUAAUGGAAAUUAAUUCUGUAAAGGUGAAAACGUUUGGUCCUUUAACCUGACUUGAUCGGGCUGGUUUGUCCGUGUUAGUCAAUCUGUGACGUGUUGCUGUGUGUUGUCAAACAUUACGUGUUUUCACUCUUCAUAUGUCUACAUGGUUGAUAGUUGACUGAUCAAUACUCAAGUGUGUUUAUCAUUGUCCAUGAUGAUCAGACACUGUGGUUGUAUUUUUAUAGACUCUUAUAUGUGGAGUGGCAUUGCCCUGCACAGAUGCGCAGAGUUCAGAGGUGUUAUAUUACCAUUCACUAAGGAUUUUUCAUAAAAAUUAUUGCUACUUUGUCUUGCACUUUAAUUUGCAGUGACAGUAUGAGAAUUAUUUGAUAUUUCGUAUUGUAGUGCUACACUGUAGUGCUGUAGUAUUGUAGAGCAUGUUCACAUAUUUUUUUUAAACAAAUGAUCCUCAAAAAGCCAAAGUAUCACAGGAACAGUCACGUUUCCUACACCUCUGCUUUAAAAAGUGAAAUACACUCAGUCAGUCAUGUUGAGGUCGGCUCUUAUAAACUUUCACUUUACUGUUGUAAUUUCUUGACUUAUAAUCAUGGCAGCGUCUAUGUUUUUUUCAAUGUUAUGGAAUAUGUUUUUGAUGCAUCCUAUUUCAGAAAUGUGUAUUUUAUGUAUUUAUCUGUCUUCUGAACAUAACAUCAAAACUCAGCCCUUCUGUUUUUUUUGUCAGUGAAAACUUUAUCAAUCAUCUGCAUUGUAUUAAUGUAUUAGUAAUGCUAACAAUUGGAAAACUAUUUUUAGAUGGUGUACAAGCACACUUGCCUUAUUUUACACAUUUAUUUUAUCAUCUGUCUGUCUGUCCAACUAUCAUAUUGUGUGGGUAUAUAUGAUGAUGUCGAUUUAUUGAUUUAAAGAAAAUGUCUCAGUUUCCUCCAGUUAAAUCGGUAAUAUGGAUAUAAAGGAUUAUUUGUGUGGGGGUUCAGCUUUGCAGUAUAUCCUGUAGAAACUCUUUGUACCUCAGUGGGGAUUGAGCACAACAAAUGCAGUCAUUUUGCAGGGUUAAUCGAGAAGGAGAGACACCUGGCUGUCAAACAGCUGAAUAACAAUGUACCACUCGACAGCGACAAUCACAGGCUUCUCUGACCUACAAUGAAUCUGUGUCAGUGUUUCAUUUGCCAUGUACAAUAUGACAAUUAUUUUCCAGUUCUCUGUCGUGUGUAAUCACUGUGCGUGCCUGAGAGAGAGAGAGCGAGAGAGCGAGAGAGAGAGAUAGAGAGAGAAAGAGAGAUAGAGAGAUUCUGCUGUCUUUUGUUACUGUUUGUUAUAGAACAAAUAAACUGACAUUCACCUCUUAUA